AUGGAUGAUAAAGAUCCUUUGCUGUGCGAAGAUGUGGCAUCUGAUGAUGAGUGGUUUGUAGAUGAUAAAUGGUUUGUAGAUGAUAAAGUUGAAGUGAUGCCGUCUGAAUUACAAGAUGAUGAUUUAAAUGUUGAUUUCUUUGAUGGUCUUAAAGCAUCUACAUACACCACAACUCAAGAACAAAUCAACAAAUUCUUCAGGUAUGGAUUUUACGAUGAAUGCUUGAGAAAAUAUGGAAACGCAAAUGUUUGGAAGUACUUCACAGAUCUUUUUGAUUAUCUGCCACUUACAGCGCUAAUUGAGAAUCAGAUUUUCUGCUUACAUGGUGGCUUGUCUCCAUCCUUGGAUACCUUGGACAAUAUCCGUUCCUUGGAUCGAAUACAAGAGGUCCCACACGAAGGACCUAUGUGCGAUCUUCUAUGGUCUGAUCCAGAUGAUCGAUGUGGUUGGGGAAUAUCUCCUAGGGGAGCCGGUUACACAUUUGGUCAGGAUAUUUCUCAGCUGUUCAAUCACACAAAUGGCUUGUCGCUUAUAUCCAGAGCUCACCAGUUGGUCAUGGAAGGCUAUAACUGGUCUCAGGAUCAGAAUGUUGUUACAGUAUUCAGUGCACCAAAUUACUGCUACAGAUGUGGUAACAUGGCGGCUAUACUAGAAAUCGGCGAAGACAUGUCCCAAAACUUCUUACAAUUUGAUCCAGCACCAAGGCAAGUUGAACCAGACACUACUAGAAGGACCCCUGAUUAUUUUUUGUAAAAUUGAUUGCUUUGUAGAUUGAUUUUUGUAAAAGAGAAACUUGGUAACUAGUAACUGGAGAUCUGUUCUCAUUUAUCCUUUUGUUUAGUUGCUUUUGCUGCUUGCUUUUGCUUGAAUAUUUACCAUACAGAUUUUGCAAAGCUUCUCAUGCUGUUUUUCUUUGUUUUAUUCU